UUAAGUCCCCUCUGGCCUAUUUAUAGUGUUGGCCCUUGCAACAAUGUCAUCUGUAACUCGACUCCAUCUGUUAAGUCAGAGCAUGUUGAAUGUCAGUUGCCAGAAGCAGAAGCACUGCAAGUCAUUUCUUGCUGACUCUCUCACAAAGAGACCCAUGGAGUUUGUGGGACAGCCGAGACUUUCCGAGACCAGUAACCUCUUAGAAGUGCCAGGCCACAGCUCCUUGGACGUAGACAGUGAUGAGGGUGAAGUGGUUAUCGGGAUCAGGCCCAAAUCCUCUCCCCUCCCACGGAGAAGGAGCUCUUCCACUGACGACGACUCAGACCCCGAGCCGCCCCCCUCCAGCUCCAGGAGAGUGUCCUUUGCAGACACCAAGGGCCUCAGUUUGGUGCAAGUGAGGGAGUUUGACACACUUAAUGUACCCAAGCUGCCAGGGUACGGCACCUCUGAGGGUGAAGAAGCAGAGGAGUACUUCCUGUCUCCUCACACAUUCACCCUUCCGUUGUCCACUGAGGAGCUGUUCGUCAAAGUGCGGGACCAGAGGUUGGAGCUGGAGACAAUCGAGUUACUUCCGAAGACUACGAUACUGAAAGGCGUUAUCCGUGUCCUCAACAUCUCCUUUAGUAAGGCAGUGUAUGUACGAACCACGUUGGACACCUGGUCCAGCUACUUUGACCUCCUGACAGAGUACAUCCCCGGUUCCAAUGACGGUCUGAUGGACUGCUUCUCAUUCAAGCUCACCUUGGUGCCCCCGUUCGGAGAACCGGGAGCCAGAGUCGAGUUUUGUCUGCGGUACGAGACUCCUGUGGGGACGUUCUGGGCCAACAACAACAACAGGAAUUAUGUGCUGUUCUGUCACCAGAGAGUCAAGGAUAAACCGCAGAGGGACAAUGUGAACAAGAAAAGCUGCCUUAAGACAGUCAGUCAGAACUUCUUUGCGGAAAACAUCUCAACCAUUGAUGCUUCACCUGAGGAGAAUACUUCAGCUAUUUCAGUUGUGUCAAAAUAUGCAGAGGAAGCGACUAUGAUGAAAGCCAAGCAAAUCUCUGAUGGUGAAGAUGGACAAAAAAUAAAGACCGAGAAUAGACGAUUCAGCAGCCUAAGAAGAAGUAACAGGAAGGCCGCGCGGAUGGCUCGGGUGAGGGACCACUUUGCUCAAAAAAGGAUGGGAGGGAGCGACACUGAAAGGGAUCAAACCCCUCUAGAAGCAAAACAGGCAGCACGAGAAGAAAAGCAGGUGGAAAAGCAUUCAGAGUCUCUGGAAACACUCAGCAAAUCCCUCCUUGAUGUUCUACAUGAUACGUCACUGGGGAAUGACAGCGCAUCUAACAGUGAGCCAGAGAAAUCUGAGAGCAAAGAUGUGACUGACUCUGCAACAUUAACAGUUGGUGGGAGUGCCACAGAUACAUCAGAUAACCGACUGCAUUCACAUGACCAGUCUGCUCCUGCAAAGUCUGUCUGCAGAGCUGAGGGUGCAACUCAGGAGCAACACACAAGUUAUGAAUCCACUAACAACACUGCAGUAGUGACUUCAGUAGUGACCAGCGAAGGCCUUGUUGGCCAAAACACCAGCUUCACAUUUGGAACUGUGGUGGCUCCACUGUAUCAGCACAUGUUUGGCAGAGCGGGAAGUGAGAGUGAAAACUUAGAUGAGAGGGGAAAUCCUAUUCGAGCAACACUGAGUAUUGGAGAAUCAACUUAUGAUUAUCCUCACACUGAAGGAAAAGAGAACUGCUGCACUCCGAUGAACACCCAGGAAUCAAACCAAGAGUGCUUAGAUGCCACUUCAAAUAAUCCUCUCAAUGAGGAAGAGCAGGCACGUUUGUGUGAGACAGCAGGUGACAUUCAGGACUGUACAGAAAAUCUACAGCAUCCAGGUGAGGUCGUACAUUUAGAUCAGGGGUGCAAAAAUACAUCUGAUGUUCUGUCUGGAGAUGCAGAAGUAAACAUUUUAAAUACAGAUUUGUUAAGUGCACAAGUACCCACUCAGAGUUUGCAUCAGCAGGAAGACACGCAGGAGGACAGUCUGUCAUGUGACUUCCAAAACCAAAAAACUAAAGCAGGAGCAGCAGAGGCUCAGCCUCCAGAGAAUACAAGUUCACAAACUAAAACUAAUAGAGAAACAACUGAAGCUGUGAACGUCAUGGCCAGCGUCAAAAGUUUGCUUCUGCCACUUCAGCCUGAUGGUGAUGAGACAGUCAAACAAACCAACAAGGGUGGAGAAAAUGACAUAAAGGAUGGUAAACACACAACAUUAUCAACAACCAAGGCAUCUCCAGUGAUGGAUAACCUUGUAGAACCUUUACGUGAUUUGACUCCCAACCCAAUCCAUCAUUCAGCUCCAAAGGAAACUGAGAAUAUCUACGUGUCUGAUGAUGAAGAUGCUGAGGGAAAUUAUUUCUCAACACCCAGGAACUCUCAGGAAACUCAGACAGAAUCUAGAAAUGGGGAGGAACAAAACAAGUCGACUAACAAUCUGUGUGAGGAUGAAAUAGAACAUUCAGGUGAAACUGAGGUCAACAACGCGGAAGAUGAGUCAAUGACAAAAGCAAUAAUGAAUGACAAUGAAACAUGUGACAAUGAUACAUUUAUUGAGUCGAAAGAGGAAGAGUCCUUUAAAGGUGAACCAAUGACAGCAGCCUUACUGAAGGAGGAUUUUAGUUUAGCAGACACUACUGAAGAGGAAAACUGGGAAAUGAUGGUUGAAGAGGAUGAGAAGAAUAUUUUAGCAGAUCAAGAGGAAAACAAGGCAACAUGUUUAAAAGCAGACACUGAGACAGACCAAAGAGGACGGUCAGAGGACACAGAGAUAGAGAAAGGAUUAGAAAACAGAAAUUCAUCAGAGAGGGAAAAAGACCUGGCCGAGGAGCUCAGAGGUGCAGGGGAGAACGGGACUGAGGCUGAUGCCGAGGGGUUUAGGGACAAGGAGAGAGAUGGAGAGGAAAUAUGGAAGGUGGGAGAAUUAGAAUAUGUUCAAGCCAAAAAUACAGAAGAGAAAGAAGCUGAGGAGGAUGACAGAGUUGGGGAUAUUAAAGUGGAGAAGGAAGAGGAGAUAGAGUUAGAGAAAGAAAAAUACUUUGCAGAAAUGAAAGAGGUCAUUAUCGGAAGGAUAGAUUUCCAAGAAGGGGAGGAAGAAAUGGAAAUAUAUUGGAACAAUGGAGAUGAUGAUGGCAGGGUGUGGGACGAUCAAGUAAAACCAAGAGAGGAAAACGUAGAGGAGAAGAAUCCAAAUUACGAGGUGGAGAUUGCAGUGGAUGGAGCGAAAGACUUAAAGGUUGGAGAUCCAGACUCAGAGAGCAUGACAGCAGAGGAUGGAGAAGAUGAAGUGUCAUGUUUUGAAGAGAUGUUAGACGUCACACAAAUCAAGGAGGAAGGUUUAUCUGCUCAGAUGAACCGUGUGCAGGCCAAGAGAGUAACUGACAAAGACAGGGAGGAGGGAAGUGCACACAUUCCAGCUGAGAUAGAUCUUUACAAAGAGGAGGAUUCUCAAGGCGGCGAGAAUGUCACAAAUAACCAAUCAGAAGCUGAAUGUUUGUCCUCGGCUGCGGAGGGAGACUCGUGCAUUUUAACAGAUGAGCCCGAAAGUCAAACAGGCCACGACAGCGCAGAGUCUGACUCAGACGACGAGGUGGAGUUGUACAUGCACUGUCUCAGGGCUGUUCACACUGGGGCUCAGGCCAACAAAGAUAAAAACAAAGACACAGGUUUCAGUGUGGGUAAAAGGCCGUCUGUAAGCAGGGGCAAACUGCUUUCCACACCCAUGCCCUCCAUCACUGAGUCUCUGGAUGAAGAACCACACCUCAGCUGUCAUCAGGACAUUCACGAGGACACGGAUGCAGCCGAUGUCCAACCUGCAGCUGCAGCUCCGUCAUUGCUGAGUGGACAGGAGACCCUGAAUACAAACGUUUCCUGGUGGAAAGAGACUUUUUCCUGCAGAAACAUAUCAAAGACUUUGUUAUGCAUCACAUUGAUGGUGGUUUUCUUUGUAGUGGCUUACCAUUAUGAUUUUCUCGCUUGUUUUGGGCUCUACUUGAUAUCAGUGGUUUGGCUCUGCUGUCAAGGAGAGAGACAACCAGUGAAGAAUAACAACAGAAUUAGGUUGAAAUAAAUCAUCCAAACAUUAAAGCUCCACCUGAACCAGGAUUCAAACCGGAAACCUUCUUGCUGUGAGGUGACACCCUGCUAUACACUGAAAGUCUGUUUCAUAUGGGAUAAUGGAUUUAUGAGGUUUAUGGAUAUAGAAAAGGCUGCGUUGAUACCGUGGAUUUUAAACUCUCCUUUUGUUCUGCACACCAUCACCAUCAUUUCGAAGGCUCUGACAAAUGUGGCUGACAAAUGCGUCCUUCCAUCCCUGAGAAACCAUCUUUCCCAGCCCAGCCAAUUCCAGAAUUCAUUGCACUUCGGUGAUGAACCGUUUUUCAACGAGACACCCAAUGCUUGAGUAUCAGGCUUCAACUCACUGCCUAUAUCCUCCUCAUUAAUGGCCUCUAUGAAGACUAGAAAUUACGCAGUGAAAAAUAAUGGGCAUUGAUUUAAAGAAUAUAUCAGGGUGAAUCUGGUGUAUUCCCCAUGGGAGGAUGUUCACUCUCUGUUGUCAAGAAUAUGAACGAAUUUUCUUUAUACUUCACUGUACAUACAACUUAGUGUCGACUCAGCCAACAGGCUGCGGACCAGUGCUCGAACUUCUGCAGAGCAUUACUGAAGUAAAACCCGUCCAUUUGCUGUGUGCGUGAAUGCUACCUAUAAUAUCUUAGUAUUUGUGUUAGUUAUACAUAGUUUGGAA